AUUCACCAAACACUUCCUCCCAUUGCUCGUAAACAAAGAUACUGCUUAACUUCCCCUUUCUGCUGCUAUACACAAUUAGCCCGGGGACGAGGUUAACAGUUCUGUUGCUCUGGAUAAAAGGGUCUGCUAAAUGAUCGUGUUAGUAACAAACCACCAACCCCCCCCCCCCAUUUCAUGGAUAAUAAUGUUUUGUACACUCAGUGCCUGGUUGGUUGCAUAUUAACUAGAACGACUUCUGAAGAACUGUAAAGUGUCAUUUGGAACUGUUAUGAAUGCCUUGGGCAUGACUAGUCUACGAUACCACUUAUCAUAGGGUGGGUUUGUUAUACUAAUCAAUGGGUACUUUUGAAGCAAAUGGGAGGUACCUUCUUUACAAUGUAGCAGGCUAGGGAAGAGAUGUGUUAUUGCCGGAACGUAAGUCACAGGAGCAUGGACUUGGCUGUCGCAAUCUACUGCACUUCUCAAUCGUAACAUAAAGAGUGGCACCUUCAAAUGGCAGCUCACAGUUCAACCACUCUUGGUCAAGACCCAUGUAUUUCAAAGCGGAUCCUGCUUUUACUUGGAGAGAGACUGAGUGGAAAGAGCUCAGUGGGGAACACCAUCUUGGGCAAGAGGGAAUUUGACACAGGGAUAAUGACAACUCACAGCUCCAAGAGGAAGGGCACUGUUGCAGGAAGACAGGUGACUGUGGUGGACAGUCCUGGAUGGUACGUCGGGAGCAGCACCCCUGGCAGAGUGGCACAGGAGCUGGGGCGAGCCCUGUCCCUCUGUUCCCUGGGGCCCCAUGCCAUCCUCCUGGUGGUCUCUGCCAUAGGUGACUUCAGUCAGGGAGAAUGGAGGGCCAUGGAGGAGCACCUGAGGCAGAUCCAGGCCCCUAUCUGGCAGCGAGCUAUAGUGCUCCUCACCCACGGAGCUGAGAUACCAAGAGGAACGUCCGCUGAGGAACACAUCCGAGGGAAGGGCAAGAGUCUCCUGUGGCUUGUGGAGAGGUGUGGGAACAAGUUCCAUGUUCUGGACAGCCACGCCAGGGACAAAGAGGUUCAGGUCCAAUUGCUGUUGGAGAAGAUUGAUAGGAUGGUUGAGAUAAAUAGGCGUCCAAGGGAAAUACAGGAGAGGUUGUACACCCAGGUGAGAGAGAGCUUAAGGAUGGGAGGAGGGAAACAGCAAGGAGAGGACAUGGAAAUGCUUGUCAUGCAGGACAUGAGGACAAGGCAGAACCAGCGGGUCACAGCAGUGGUACCCAUAGACACAUCUAAAUGUAGGCCAGCUGCGUUUGGCCUUGUGCUGCUGGGAAGAAGAUGUUCUGGGAAGAGUUCAGCAGGAAAUACCAUUCUUGGCAGAAGAGAGUUUGGUAGUGGCAAAAGAACAGUCCAUUGUGUGGUGGGACAGGGAGAGGUGGGAGGGAGGACAGUCGCGGUGGUGGACACUCCCGGUUGGAGUCUCUACGGUCUGUCCAACCCGAAGCAGGUCAGACUGGAGAUGAGAGGCAGUGCAUCCCUGUGCCCCUAUGGGGUAGUUUGUACAUUCCUCUUGGCCAUACCUGUUGACUCCUUCACAGAGAAAGAUAGGUGUGCUGUGGAGAAAUACCUGAGUGUUUUGGGUGAGGGGGUAUGGCGAAGCACCAUGGUGCUUUUCACCUAUGGUGAUGAGUUAAGAGGCAGAACCAUUGAGGAGCACAUUGAGGAGACUGGAGAGCCCCUCCGUGGGCUGCUGGGGAAGUGUUGUCACAGGUACCAUGUCUUAGAUAACAAUAUUAAGGGCGAUCUAACCCAGAUUAUCGAGCUGUUGCAGAUGGUGGAGCAGUUGUAGACACUGGAUCAUUCACCUCUGCGGAUAACACCCUGUUAAUUAAAACGGUUGAAAUUAUACAUUGAUGUAAUUUGCGCCAAAUUAUUUAAAGUAAGUUCUUGUAUGGCCUUAUCUAAAACAAAAUGUCUAUGUUCUUCUGUAUCCAGUCAAAUCAUUUAAAAGGUCCACUGCAGCCAAAAAUGGGGUUUAAUAUAUAUUUCCACACCAUGAGGUUGGAAUAAUACUGUGAAAUAGUGAAAAUUAGGAUAAUGUCCUUUCAGUGUUAGAGUUGUUUGAUAAAACCACCUGAAACCUCUGUCUGUUUUGGUGGGAUAUGGUUUUGGUCUUUCCAUGGUGACAUUACCAUGCUGUAAUUUGACAUUCCUCGAUUAGACUAUAUUUGAAGGAAAACAUAGAUUAUAUUAAUUCAAUUAUGAUUGGCUUGAUUAAGUUACCAAUGUUAGAUGUAGACAGUUCAGGAAUACUUACUUUUCCCCUUUUGAUAAGAAAUGAUCAUACUGUAUUAAGUCUGUAUUAAGUUUUUAUUAAUGUAUUAAAUACAUUGGAAAUGAAAAGUAAGUCAACCAACAACACAAGCUUUACAUUAAUAAAAAUGUGUCGAGUAAAUUGCCACAGUAGAUUCUCUCUUGUAAACAAGGAAAUACCUACUAUCAAUUUCAACGGAAUUGAUAGUUCUCAAAGAGUUAAAGCUAUGCUUAGUCUGCUCAAACAUUAGGUUUAUUUACACUGAAUGUAAUACCCACCAGACGGAUAAAUAGUCUUGAACAUGUUUGGCAGCAAACACUGCAGUCAACAUUGUUUUUCCUGUGUUUUCUAUCACAUUGUACAACAGCUGAUGAAACUAACACUGUAAAAUUGUGAGAAAAUGUGAUCACUGUUAUUUCCAGCCGCGUCCUCAGAGCAUGCUGGUUGGUGUGUUUACGGACAUAUUCAAU